GCCGUGUAUCAUUGGGCUACAUCACAUGUAGGCAGCUUCCCCGAUCGCCCUUUUAUCUCCAACUGCACAGGGGUCUUAGUCCAAGUUGCGGGGUAUACAUGUAUUUAGAGAUUUAAUCCAAUACCCAAUGCAGUGGAUGGGAAGCCCCGAGCUACACACAUACAUACAGUCGGAUAGGCCCCACGUAGAUAAGGUGCCGUGGGUUUCCAGGUUAGGGCUGGGAAAGAAAUGGAUUGGAUUAUGUAGGUGUAUUACAUACAAGCGGGAAGGAGGAAGGGAAGGUGGAAUGAUCUCACUGGAUAUUAGCAUAGUAUGUAACAUGAACAUUGAACCUGGAAGUAUUUACUUUCUAUAAACUGAAGCUCAAAUAGAAGAAUGUCACUUUAGAAAAAAACCUAUGAGAGCCACGUUAUAAAUAGGCCCUACUACAAUAAUAAUGCAUCUAAUCCCUAAAGAGCUCGAUAAGCUCGUCAUCUCGCAACUGGGCCUCUUAGCCCAGAGGAGAUUGGCUAGAGGUGUCAAGCUUAACCACACCGAGGCCACUGCUCUCAUCGCAAAUAACCUCCAGGAACUCAUCCGCGAUGGCCAGCACAGCGUCGCCGAUCUCAUGGCCAUCGGCUCCACCAUGUUAGGCCGUAGACAUGUCUUACCAUCCGUUGUCAGUACCCUUCAUGAGAUCCAGGUCGAGGGCACCUUCCCCUGUGGCACCUACCUUGUCACUGUACAUGAUCCCAUCGCCACCGACGACGGUGACCUAGCCAAGGCCCUGUACGGCAGCUUCCUUCCGAUACCCAGUCAGGAUGACUUCCCGCUCGCCGACGCCAGCGCCUACGCUCCCACCGCACAGCCCGGCGCCGUCGUUGCGGUUAAGGGGCGGAUCACGCUAAACGCGGACCGCCAGCGCAUCCGGCUCCAGGUGACGAGCAAGGGCGACCGCCCGAUCCAGGUGGGCAGCCACUACCACUUUAUCGAGACGAACGCCCGCCUCGAGUUCGACCGUACCGCUGCGUACGGCUUUCGCCUCGACAUCCCCGCCGGCACCUCCGUGCGCUUCGAGCCCGGCGACACCAAGACCGUCUCCCUCGUUGCCAUUGGCGGUAACCGUGUUAUCCGCGGCGGCAAUUCCCUCGCCUCCGGCCCCGUUGACCUCUCCCGCGUCGACGCUAUCGUGAGCGCGUUGCGCGAGGCAGGGUUUGCGCAUGCGCCGCAGCCUGCGGGCGACAUGGCGUUCAUCGAUGCAUGCUCUAUUGACCGCGCUGCUUAUCGCACAAUGUUUGGCCCAACGACGGGGGAUUUGGUGCGUCUCGGUGCGACGGACCUGUGGGUUAAGGUGGAAAAGGACUUGGCGACGUACGGCGACGAGUGCAAAUUCGGAGGCGGCAAGACGCUGCGCGAGGGAAUGGGACAGAUGACGGGAUGUCCGGACGCCGAUUGUCUGGACAUGGUUGUGACGAAUGCGUUGAUCGUGGAUCACACCGGGAUCUACAAGGCGGAUAUCGGGGUCAAGGACGGCAUAAUUACGGCGAUUGGGAAAGCGGGUAACCCGGAUGUUAUGCAUGGUGUCACGGAGGGUAUGAUUGUGGGGAGCUGUACGGACGUCAUUGCGGGAGAGGGGAAGAUCGUCACGGCCGGUGGCUUGGAUACGCAUAUCCAUCUUAUUUGCCCCCAGCAGGCUUAUGAGUCUAUUGCUUCAGGCAUUACGACGAUGUUGGGUGGUGGAACUGGGCCCAGCGCUGGCACCAAUGCUACCACUUGCACCCCUGGAGCCAACUAUAUGCGGCAAAUGCUGCAAGCGUGCGACACGCUACCCGUCAACAUAGGCAUCACAGGAAAAGGUAAUGACAGCGACCCUCGAGCACUCAGGGAACAGGUUCAAGCAGGCGCCUGUGGUUUAAAGCUUCACGAAGACUGGGGCACAACUCCCGCGGCCAUAGACUCUUGUCUAAGCGUGUGCGAUGAACUAGAUGUGCAAUGCCUAAUUCACACGGAUACUCUUAACGAGUCAGGGUAUGUAGAAACAACAAUCGCCGCCUUCAAGGGCCGCACCAUCCACACAUACCAUACAGAAGGUGCCGGAGGUGGACACGCUCCAGAUAUCAUUAGAGUGGUCGAGAACGAGAAUGUGCUGCCGUCUUCAACGAACCCUACAAGGCCCUACACAAAAAACACCCUCGACGAACAUCUAGACAUGCUCAUGGUGUGCCACCAUCUAUCCCGAAACAUCCCAGAGGACGUCGCGUUCGCCGAGUCACGGAUCCGCGCCGAGACCAUCGCCGCUGAAGACGUGUUGCACGACCUCGGAGCCAUAUCGAUGAUGAGUUCAGACUCGCAGGCCAUGGGCCGCUGUGGCGAGGUCAUCCUACGCACCUGGAACACAGCGCACAAGAACAAGGUCCAGCGAGGUUUCCUGUCGGAGGAUGAGGGCACGGGCGCCGAUAAUUACAGAGUCAAGCGCUACGUCAGCAAGUACACGAUCAACCCGGCCCUGGCACAGGGCAUGGGCCACAUUGUGGGGAGCAUCGAGGUCGGUAAGCUGGCGGAUCUCGUACUUUGGGACCCGGCGUGGUUCGGCGCGAAGCCCGCGCUGGUUGUGAAGAGCGGGUUGAUUGCGUAUGCGCAGAUGGGCGACCCCAACGCCUCCAUCCCCACCGUACAGCCCGUCCUCGCGCGCCCCAUGUUCGCGCCCCUCGUCCCCCAGUCCAGCCUCCUCUUCGUCUCGCAGGCUAGUCUCCCACACGUGACGGCUACCUACGGCCUCCGCAAGCGCAUCGAGGCCGUGCGUAAUUGUCGUGGUGUUAGUAAAAAGGACAUGCGCUUCAACGAUGCGAUGCCCAAGAUGCGCGUUGACCCCGAGAGGUACACGGUCGAGGCUGAUGGCGUGCUGUGCACGGCGGCGCCGGCGGAGGUGCUGCCGCUUACGCAGGCCUGGUUUGUUUAUUAGGGGGGUGUUAGGGGGGAGAUUGAGAGAAAAUGGGAGUGGAAGUGGUAGGCUAUAUAGCUUGGGGGGUACGGUAUAUGGGAUUUGAGAUGGAUGUUGGAGUGUUACCUGGUUGUUACCUACAUAUGUAUGCACCUACGUAGGCAUGGAUCAAAUGUCGCUCAGAAGGCAAAUUACCUGACCUAGGGGGAAAAUAUGAAAGGAAACCUUGGAGGUGCCAAUCUAGCAGUGUAGGCAGGUAUAGCCCCUAUAACUUAGGGUUCAAAGUCUCGGAUAUGUUCGUCUGAAUACUUAUGAGGGAUAGGCGCUACCUAGGUUAGCUAGGUACCUACCUAUGUGAAAGAUGAAGUACAAGUACCAUUGUUUUAACACCACUAGGUAGGUACUUCGCUAAGUAGGUGCACAUAAGUAGCUUUACAUACCUUCCAUAGCGCAUUGUGCUCAGGAGGAGGUGUUUGGUAGGUAUUGUACAUGCAGGCAGUAUCUGGUUUGGGUGUGCUAUGAGCAUACUGUAACAGCCCUGGAACUUACUAGUUAUGUACAAUACAAUACAAUACAAUACAAUACAAUACAAUACAAUACAAUACAUA